CCCUCCUUUUUAUUCAGUCACCUCCCCAAGCCGUCACUCCCGCACUCUCUUUCUCCAGAAUCCAAAAUAAAAAAAAAUGGUGAAAUUCUUGAAACCAAACAAGGCGGUAAUCCUCCUGCAAGGCCGUUACGCUGGCCGGAAAGCAGUGAUCGUCCGAUCAUUCGAUGACGGAACCCGCGACAGACCCUACGGUCACUGUUUGGUUGCCGGAAUUUCGAAGUACCCAGCGAAGGUCAUCAAGAAAGACUCGGCAAAGAAAACAGCAAAGAAAUCAAGAGUGAAAGCUUUUAUCAGAACGGUUAAUUAUAGCCAUUUGAUGCCGACGAGAUACACUCUGGACGUUGAUUUGAAAGACGUUGUGAACCCUGAUGCUUUGGCUUCUAAGGACAAGAAGGUCACUGCUGCUAAAGAAAUCAAGAACAGAUUCGAAGAGCGGUUCAAGACUGGUAAAAACAGGUGGUUCUUUUCUAAGCUUAGGUUUUGAAAUUUUUUAUCGUUUUCUUUUGUUAUAAUUUAGUUGGUGUAAAAUUGCAAAUUGAACUUAUUUGAUUACUUUUUGACUGUUAAUUAAUGGAUUCUGAUGAUUUUUAGAAUUAUUAAGGUUUGUGUGUGAAAA